AAAAAAUGAAAGCAUCUUGCUUAGUUUUAUUAGUGAUUUUGGCUUCAAUAUCUACAACCUUGGCUACUAAAGGUAUAGAUUUGAGUGCUUCAUUCAAUAACUUUUCUUGUGUGAAGAAUGCAGGCUAUUCAUUUGCCAUCGUCAGAGGAUAUAAGAGCUUUGGUGAAGUCGACACAGUUGGACAUUAAAAUCUUAAGAAUGCCAAAGCUGCAGGUUUGAUUGGUGAUGCCUACUUUUUCCCAUGUAAAGGAAGUAAGAAUUUUAAUUUAUCAUUCAUAGAAAAGACUGCUUCUGCUUAAGUAACUGAAUUUGACAAUGUAUUUGGUUCAGAGUACGGAACUGUAUGGAUUGAUGUUGAAUCCAACCCAAGUUCAGGAUGUGGAUGGAGCAGUUCAGAUCAUGCAGGAAAUUGUCAAUUUUUAUAAGAUCUUGUUAAUGCAUUGACUGCCAAAAAGAGACUUGUUGGAAUUUAUGCUUCCUAAUAUUAAUGGUCUACAAUUAUGGGAUCAGCUUCAGCUUGUGCCAAAUUUACUUCUCAUCCUCUUUGGUAUGCACAUUAUGACAACAAUCCUUCCUUCAGUGAUUAUUCCAAAUACGCUUUAGGUGGAUGGACCACACCAUCAAUCAAAUAAUAUGUUGGUGACACAACCUUAUGUUCUGUUGGAGUUGAUUUGAAUUUCUAUUGAAAAAACAUAUUUU